AUGGCCAAGCCGACAUUAGAAGGACUCCCAACGGAGCUGCUCAUUCUCAUCUUGCUUGAGAUACCUGAUCUCGCUUCUCUCAAGUCCAUCGUUCUUUCAUCGCCGAUAUUUCACCAAGCCUACCUUACGGUGCGACAGGAAGCUCUUUGUCGCAUCGUCAAGGAUCAAUGGGGUUUGCUUCUAGGAGAUGCAAUUGCUGCUACACGGUCUCGUGGUCUCUUUUUUGAUCAUCACAAACCCGAAGCGAUUGCGUUAUUAGACACCUGGCGUCGCAGAGAAGAGAUUAGCGACCUUGCAUUAGGCUCAUCCAUUCCGAUAGAUGAGCCCAGCAACCUGGAAGAGAUCUUCAACCUAUUUUAUCUUCACAAGGUGUCCCAUUUCUUUCUGAAAGAGUACGAGACGAAAGUACCGCGGCCACCGUGGAUAUCAAACGAUCAAUGGGAGAACUCGAUUCUCCCCAUUGAGUUAUCUCACACCGAAAAGCACCGUUUUCUCAGAGCUUUGUGUCGACUGCAAAUUUACACCAAUAUUUUUGGUGAAUAUGAACAGCUGAUUAACAGGAGGAUGAAACGCAAUGCUUGGAGGGAUAGUCCCAAAGGUGACUUUUGUAAUGAUGAAUUGGCAUAUCGCGUGUUCUUUGGGACCAUGCCUCCUUGGGAAUUCCAAGAAAUAGGCUGUGUCUGGGCAUACUUCACGACAAUGUUCGACCACAUUUACAAGGAAAUUUCUGCCGGUCUACAUGAACUUGUGGAGAAGCAUAUGAACAAAGAUGAUUGGCAAUAUCCAUACUUCGAAUUUCUUCCUCAAGAAGUGCAGCCUCCUUGGUGGGGCGGGUUAAACCAUAUCGAAAAUAUCGAAAACCUGUGGGGAUUUUCGAAUUCGCUAGCUUCAAUGGGACCAGAGUUUGUCUACCGCCUUCUUCAUGGGACACCCCUGGUUCAGCGUGAUAUGGUGAUGCUCAAUGGAAACGACCUACUCAACUCCUUCCCAGGAAUGUAUGUAACGGAGGAGAAUGAGGUUCCUUUUCUUUAUCCUGCAGAUCGGCACGCGGUUCAAGAUUAUGAGCAGCUUUGGUCGACAUUGCCAUACAUCGAGCAACCCAAUCUAGGGUGGAAAGAGGUGCAUGUGCUGCCUGAUGCGUCCGGACAAACAUUUGAAGAAGCCAUUGAUUUGGAAAGUGCACGUGAAUUUUUAUGGCGCUGGGGUUACGCUAUAUUUGAUGAUGAAAGAUUGAUGGCAUGGAAAGCGCCUUUGGUGGAAUUUCGUUUGCGCAACGAGCCCGAAUUUGCAAUUUAG